AUGUUCAUGCAUAUUCAUACUUUCAUAAAUUAUUAAUUAAAAAGAAUGAAACUUAAAUAAACACUUAUAUUAUCCAUUACAUAAUAUAACAUAUAAUUCACUUUGGGUAUCUCGUGCGGUUUUGCAUAUUACGCGCGUUUUAUAUAAUUUCCGCUUUUAAAUUUCCCAUACAUGCAUAAACAUCUGUAGAACGUAUUAUAUUUUAUUUCCUCGAAAUCAAUAUAUCAGAUUGAUUUAAAUACGAUAACGUCAACUCGUCCUUUUGAAUAACACGACGAUAAACACUAUUCCUCGUCGUUCUUUGUAGAUUUUUGUUCGUUGCAAUCAUAACAAUUGCAUAUUAUUACUUAAUCUCGUGCUGAUUAAAACUUGCGACUGAUUUUUUAACCCUGUUUUACGACGUUUUUGUCCUUUGUUUUUUGUUUCUUUGAUCUAUCGAUCGAUCAUUUCUGUUUCUGUUUUAUUGCGUGUAUCGAUCAUCAUUAAAGCAACGCAUAAUCGACGCACCCGAUUGGGAUAGUCUUGAUAAUUUGAAAAUGUUCCAUUCACGUGCGUUGAGCUAUGUAGUAUAAUUUUACUGCAAUCGAUCGAACAUAGUUGUGUAAUACAUAAAGGUGUGCGCGUAUUUCAGUAAGUAUAUCGCGCUGUAUCGUGCAUGUGUACUUACAGUGUGAUCACACAAACGAAUUAUACAGUUUGCCAAAAUAUUUCCUGUAAGUCGCAAAGUAAAUUAAUUCGAUCAAUUAACUAAUUACCAUGCGUGAUACAUUUAAGCGUAGCCUUUUUGCCAAUUUUAUUUCCUAUAAUUGGUUUAAUAACUUUUAGAAAUUUCAAGAUUUAGCAAUUACGUAAAGAUGUAAAUUAUAUAAAUUACACAUACAUAAUCAAACAUUGAUAUUUUCUAUCGCAAUGUCAAUUUGAUAACAACAUGCGAGUAACUGCUUGGCGUACCACGUCGCGAUUAAUCAGACGAUAAUGGACUUAUCAGUUUAAGAAAGUGCAAGAGGCCCGUCGGCGAGGAGAACGAGGAGAAUAAGAAAGGAAAACGGAAACGAGCAGCGGAAAUAGAGAUCGAGGUGUCGACGAAGGAGAAAGAGGUUUCGACCGUGGAAACCAAACGGAAAACCAUGGAACACACGGUCACAAGAUGCGACAUCCGUUUACCAAAAGUCACACCGAUCACCGAUGACUAUGAAAUCAGUAAUCACGUGCUUGGUCUUGGAAUAAACGGAAAAGUUGUUCAGUGUUAUGACAAAAAUACCAGGGAAAAAUAUGCGCUCAAGGUACUGUACGAUUGUGUAAAAGCACGAAGGGAAGUUGAAUUGCAUUGGAGAGCAUCGAACUGCAGGCACAUAGUGCAAGUCAAAGAUGUAUAUGAAAAUACAUAUAGUGGAAAUAAAUGUUUAUUAGUCAUUAUGGAAUGUAUGGAAGGAGGAGAACUGUUUGAGAGAAUACAAGAUAGGCAAGAUGGUGCUUUCACAGAGAGAGAAGCUGCACAAAUAAUGUAUGAAAUUUGUGUUGCUGUAAAGCACCUGCAUGAUAUGAAUAUUGCACACAGAGACCUUAAGCCGGAAAAUCUUUUGUACUCUAAGCCUGAUAGUACCGGAAUAUUGAAACUUACUGAUUUCGGUUUUGCGAAAGAGACCCAUAUGAAAGAUACGCUACAAACCCCGUGUUAUACGCCAUACUAUGUUGCUCCUGAAGUUUUGGGACCAGAGAAAUAUGACAAAAGCUGUGAUAUUUGGUCACUCGGAGUUAUAAUGUAUAUACUAUUGUGCGGUUUCCCACCUUUCUACAGUAAUCAUGGUUUAGCUAUUUCACCAGGGAUGAAAAAAAGAAUUCGGUUAGGCCAAUAUGACUUUCCAGCCCCUGAAUGGUCUAAUGUAAGCACAGAGGCAAAGAAUCUCAUCAAGGGUAUGUUGUGUACAGAUCCAGCUCAAAGACUUCAAAUCGACGAGGUUAUGCGCAACAAAUGGAUUGCUCAAUACACGGAAGUACCCCCCACGCCUUUACAUACUGGUCGCGUACUCCGAGAAGGCGAAGAACUUUGGCCAGAAGUUCAAGAAGAAAUGACACGGUCAUUAGCUACCAUGCGCGUAGACUACGAUACGGCCAAUUUGAAACAAUUAGAUCACACAAAUAACGCGUUAUUAAACAAACGUAGACGAGCGAAACAAAAAAACGCUGUACCACCGACUGCUAAUCCUACGCCAGCAUCCUAGGGAGACGCAAUAAGAGCCAGUCAACACUGGCGUGUCUUUUUACGAAGAUGUAUAAGGUAUAGUGUAAUGACCAUGAGAAUUGUUUUUUGACAGUUACAUAAUGUAAAAUAUAAAAAAUUCCUGCAGAAUAGUCUUGAAAAAAUCCUGCCUACGUCGAGAUAUUAGGCGCAUAAAGUUGUAUUUGACCAUGCAAUUACGACAAUUUACGACAUCUUAAAUAUUUUUAAAAUGCUAUCGAUCGUAAUUGCCAAAUUUGAAUGACAGGAGCACAGUUGACGUAAUAAUCAAAGGAUAUUUUACCAGUUAUGGUGCAUUUUUCGCGACUUAAAAGAUUUAAUAAUACAGAAAAAAGUACCAAGGAUUAAAAAUCAAUCUGAUAUGACUAAAUAAUGUAUAUUACAAUUUAUAUUUAUUGAUGAAACGUUCAUAAGGAAAACGUUUUGUCAUCGGUAACUGCAUAUAUAAUAAAUUCAUAUUGAAAAGAAAUAUAAAAAAUAUUUUUCAAUUUUAAAUGGAAUGUUGGACUUCAUAAUGAAGGUCUGUUAUCUAAUAUAAAAGAAUACGCCACCUAAUUAGCAGCUUUUGAUUGAUUUACUUAAAAUUUAAGUCUUAAAUCAUAAAUUAUAAUGCUUGGAAAUUUUUAUGUGUAUAGUGUUUCUUUAAAUUAUUAAACUACUAUUAUUUAUCGUGAUUGACGUAUAAGACAAAAAUACAUCAUGCCAAUUUGUAUUAGUACGUUUUUUCAGUUGUUAUCUGUGUACAGUUACAAUUCAUUCAAACUAUGAAAAUAACGUUUAAUUAAAAAAUAAUGCAAACAUGUGUAAUGUACUUUUAAGUGAUAUUUUGACUGAGGCUGAAUACGUGUAAGAAUCCUUAUAAUCGUUGCAAGGUGCUAACAUACGUUGCUCUAAUUAUUUCGUAGGUAUUAAAACAAUACUACAAUUUCCUAAUUUUUUAAAUAAAUAAAAUCUAUAGUAAAAGAUGGAACUUAGGAACAAAGAUGUACACAUUACGAUAUAAAUGUAGUAAUUAUAUUUUUUUAGAUGUAUUGUAAAAUAAAAAUUGAAAUUUAGACUAAAGAAACGCCUUAACCAACAUCAGAUCAAUUUUUAGCUUAAUGUUUAAUUAGCAUAAUUAAAUAUUUCAGUUAGGUACAGAUCCAGUAACGUGUAAGGUGAGAGGUGAUGAAAUCUCAUGAAUGUAUCAUUGUUUCUUCUGAGGCGACGUCUAUGUUAUGAAUGUAAAUAUUAUAUGUACGAAGUAUUUUUAAUAAGAUACUUGUAGUUGAAACUAUGAUUAUUCAUAUUACCAGCAGCUCUCCAUGAUAAGUAUUAGAAAUGUUUAAUAGAUGAAAAUAGAUCUUGUGACUGAUAAAUAACGAGAAAAUUAGGCCUUAAUUGUUUUCACAGUUCUAUAUCAUUGAAUUGUUUUCAGAAUAAUAGAAUUCUAAACUAAGUACUAUAUUUAGUAAUAUACUUAUUAUUAAAUAAUAGAUUAUUUUAGAAUCGUGGAAACAAGACUUCUUCAAAAUAAACAUUAUGUAAUGGUUCAGCUUCUAAACCUCAUUAAAAAUAAUCAAACUGAAGGUCAACUAGUUGUAUACGAAAACUGACGCAAACUUAAAGAAAGGACGAUUCUACACUACAGUUUUAAUAAUACGUUUAAUUUCAAAUAUCAUAUAAACGACUGUUGCAUUAUUGUACUUGAUAAUACCGAAAUAGUACAAGUGUUGUUUACGAUUUUAUAGAUUAACAUUAUUAGAAAACGAAAAUAAGUAUGCGUGCUUUGAGUUGGACUAUAGUAUCGAAAUAUUUUUGUAAUGGAUUCAAGUAUAUUGAUUUGCACUGCAUUUAUAAAACUUGACAAUAAAUGUAAAAAGUAUCUUUAAUUAA